GUGAAUGACAAAAUUUAAAACGCUUAACAUUCUGAGAAGACAGCUUAUAUCUUCUCGAUUACAUCACCCUUGGUCCAAGCACAUCGGAGCCGUUUUACAUAAAUGGACCCCGUUUCAAGUUGCCACCAUGAAUAGGAACAGCGCUGGCAAUUCUUUUGUCGGUGCCUCGGAAUCGGAUCAAAUGUGACCUACACGGUAUAGCUUUCCCCAAGGGUCGCUCUUGGCGCUGUAACGUUUUAUAUACAACACGGCCCAAGUUAGAUGUCAUUCCUGUGACUAUCCUUAACCCAACAUAAUUCGUGUCCUCACGACUGCACUGAGCACUAUAAUGACCUCACGACGAUUCCAUACGACUGGAGAAUUAGUUCAAGCAAGCAACAUUGAAUUACCAACUCGCACAGAAGCGCCCGGUGUGUUCAAGCAACUGGGGCUUGGCGGACACGUAGAGGAAGACGAACGCGACUUUAAUGUCAUUUUUCCUCCCAGAAAACGCACGCAGAAGGACCAAGACAAAGAAGACGAAAAGGCUCGGAAGCGGGCAAUGACAAACCUCGUGAACUCGUGGCAGGAGCGACUGCAGCUCAUCAGUGUAAUUACGACAUUCUUUGCAUCUAUAGAAGCAGGGAUGUUGGUGCCAGUGAAUACUGAUCCGAAUGCAGUCAACGCCUUGUCAGGUCUCCUCAAAGCUGCGAAUGCAGGAUUUUUGGGUGCAUUGAUCAUGCACGUUUACGCAGCUGUCCUAUCAUUCCUUGCAGCCUUCCUUUUGAUCCGAUACAAACUGAAAGAAGCCUCAAACGAAGAGUUAUUCGCAGAAGGCAGAGCCAAAGGAUUUCAGAUCACAGCAUCUCCAGUGAAUGGUUCAUUCCAGGUCCAAGACAUCGAGAGAGAUGCUCAAGACAAUGACGCCCAGAAAUUUGACCCGGAGAACUCGGGCACAUUAGAUAACCACACGGAUACCAAAUGUGACCCCCCAGCGCUGCGGCGGAUGGGAUCGCAACCUGCGGAACCUCCUAUAUUUGUUAGGGACCCACACCUGGAGCAGGUUGGCUUUUGGAGUCCUACGAUUUCAUCGCAUCUUCUGAGCCGCGUGCACACCCUGUGCAUUCUCUUCGCUGGGUUUGGGUUUAUACUCGCAAUCAUGGGUAUCAUGGCAUAUGCGUGGGCGCUGCAAUCAAAGGAGGUUAGCAUUUUUGUGACCGUGUGCUUCGGGGGCGCUGUUCUUGCGAUGGGGGUGUUUUUUCUACCUGAUCCCUAGACGUUGAGCAUGACUCGUCGUUAUUCAUUUCAUUUCUUGAACUCUCAAAAACUUAUACCUCUAUACAUCUCCCUAAUCCUCAUUGUCUUCUUGGACACAUACUAUCACAAUAAGGUUUUUCAAAUAAGGAACAUUGUUCAGCGACCGAUUCAUAUACAUGUAAGAAUGUUACUAGUACUUAUCA